UGUUGUUAAGCAGCAAGGGGAGGCAAUGUAGAAAUGAUGGCUCAAACGAAUUCAAUCGACGGUUUGACACACAAAAAUGGGAUAACGAAAGCUGGGGAUGUAACAUGAUGUAACCAAGAAACCCUGAAAAAUCAGAGAGUUUGCUACUAAACAGAGCUGCUAAACAUCAGCAAAUUGGUUGGCGAAUGCCAGGAUUUUGAGGUCCUCUUUGACGUGGCGCUGUCUCCCAACGAUCUGCAGAGCUUGCAACAGAUGAAGACGUGGAUGGCAGCAACCUUCGCCGACAAAGCUCACAAAGCUCAGACGGAGGCGAUGUGGGAUCUUCAGAUCGCAGAUUUCUUGGCCCGUUUGGACAUGGCAGAGGCUCCAAUGGCAGAGGAACCACUCCCUGAGGAGUUGGUUGAUACUUCGAUGGCUGUGAAGGAGUCAGCUGGCACCCAUGAAUUGCAAGCGAAGCUGCAGCUGUUGAGGAAACACUUGCAGCAGCAGGAGCUGGCGAACCAAUCACAGGAGAAAUCCAUCAUUGCGCUGCAAGACGAAAUCGAGGCAGCGCAUGCGAAGCUUGACCGAGAUACAUCCCAACUGCUGGCAGAACUGUGCGGUAGUCGAAACCGCCCGAGCUGGAAAUGAUUGGAAGUGAUUCCCAAUUCGGUGCAGAAAUUCGAGGCCUUGUGCGUUGUGUCUCGACCAAUUGCCAAUUCGUCCAAGUGGAUGAGAACGCAGGGAGAGAAAAAGA